AUGCACAAACUCAGUUUGUUUCGAAGCCAUUUGUUGGGUGUUAUCGGCGUUGUUUCUUUUUGUGGUCUUGUCACUGCUUCUAUUGUGCCGCCGACAGUGGAUGCUUCAACUCUUUUGAGUCUAAUAAAUGAUACAAAAAGCGUUUAUAGUCAGGCACUCAAUUCUUAUGCUCCGUACUAUACAAUAUGUACAUCAAAGUCUUUGGUUAGAACAGCAAAUUACCAGUCGAUCAAUGCUCAAGAAAAUGAAUAUGUGAGCGAACGCAAAAAGCAAAUUAGGGAGCCUUUAUCCAAAAUUAUGACUAGUUCUGAUUUCAACAAUUUGACAGUUUUGUUAGACGAAUGCCCCAUAGUAAUAGGUAUAUCCGUUUCUGGAGGUGGGUACCGUUCCAUGCUCAGCGGAGCCGGAGUUUUGAGUGCGUUCGAUUCUAGGACUCCAGGUUCUGAAAUCCAUCUUGGAGGUAUUUUGCAAAGUUCAAUUUACAUUGCAGGUAACUCAGGGGGCCUGUGGUUAGUGGCAAAUAAUCUCUUAAAUGAUGGAAUGCCGAUCUAUGAAGCUUUCAAAAGACAAAAUUUCGCUUCACCUCUUAUUGAGGGCAUUCCAGACGUUCCUAUCUCUCAACUCCGAGCCACUCUCGACGCUCAAUCUCUAGGAGAUCACAAUGCAUCUGUGUGGGAGUCAUAUUCCAUGAUUUUUAAUCAAUCAAACCCCGAGAAAGGGACAUUAGUUUCAACCCUUUUAGAUACUUUUUUCAAGACGAAAGAGAUAAACACAGCCUCAAACGAUACCGCUUCUCGUGGUCGGAAAAGUCUUGACUUCUACAAGGACUUGAAUAUUGAGGUUAGGGCAAAAAAAAAAGCUGGUUUUCAAGUAUCCUUAAUCGACUACUGGGGCCGAGCAGUGUCUAAGAAGAUAUUUCCACAGGGAAAAAAAUCCCUCGACAUAUGUAUGUCUUCUGUUUCCGAGCUUUCGUCGUUCAGAAACUUUUCGCAAUUAUUUCCAAUUUUCGGUUCAGUUGAAAGACUCCCUGGGAAAACAGAGCUCAGCUGUGAUAGUCAUCUAUUCGAGUUCAACCCUUUUGAAUUUGGAUCCUGGGACAGUUUUUUGAAUUCUUUCGUCGACAUUCGGUUUUUAGGCUCCGAGCUCAUCAACGGAUCAUCGACCAUAAAAACGAAGAAUGAGGAUUACUCCGUUUGUCUAUCCGGAUAUGACAACAUGGGUUUAAUCACAGGUACAUCAUCAGGAUUGUUCAACACGGUUUUUCAGUAUGUGUACAAAAUGAUCCUUCAAAUGGAAGAACUGUGUUCAUCUAUUCUUUCAAUGUUGCUCCGAAUCUUCGGAAUUACCAGCCAUCCAAAGCCAAAUGAUUUCGUUCAUCCAGAAUAUGCUCUCUAUUCUCCGAACCCAUUCAAAGGCGUCAUCGCCCCCGCAACCAUGGGAAGACAGAUCUCAAAUGCGCAAAGUCUUUUAUUGGCAGACGGGGGAGAUGAUGGACAAAAUAUCCCAUUCCAUCCUAUGCUAGUGAAAGGAAGAAAAGUGGAAGUGUUGUUUGCUUUCGAUGCGACAUCUGACCUCGAAAAUUUUCCCAAUGGAACGACUUUGAAACAUACUGCUGGACGCUACCAUUCUUUGAACAGCUCAUUAAGAUUGCCAGUUUUUCUUUUUGACGGAGAAAAACAUAGAAUAUUCCCAAAAGUGCCAACACAGAAAGCUUUCGUCAACGAGAAUUUGGGAAGUCAUCCUAUCUUUCUUGGCUGUGACGUAUCUCGUGAUUUUCCUAUAGUCGACCAAUUUUUGACAGCGAACCUGAGUUCAAAUGCAGAUGAUCAUGAGAAUGGUUUGAGCAACGAAACCUUCAGACUUCAAGAGAAUCCCAGAGCUCAACAGGAAUUCGAAAUUUGGGAAAAUUACCUUCCCCCAUUGAUAAUUUAUUUUGGAAACUAUAAUCACUCAUACGCGUCCAAUACUUCCACGUUCCGGUCUAUUUACAGUGACAGUGAGGUGAACGCAAUGAUAGAAAACGGAUACAAUGUGGCAACCCAUAACAAUGAUACAGAAUAUAUAUAUUGUGUCAAAUGCGCCUUGAUGAAGAGAAGAAUGGAUCUGUCUGAAGAAUGGAGCAGAUACAAGAGCGGCUGCGAAUCUUGCUUUCAGAAAUUUUGCUAUGUCUCCCCUGACUAG